UCGACUCGUUGAAAGGGUAUAUGGUAUACGUGUAAAUUUUGGAUUUGUUAUUCGUUUUCGUGGUUAGAUUAGUAAUUACUUUCUUUAAUGUAAGUUGUUAUUACUUAUUACGUGUCCUAUGUCGUAGUACAACGUAAAGCACAGUUAGGUUAGCUGCCGUAGAACUAAAACCGUUCCAAUAAUUUAGAUCGUGUUGUGCAAAGUAUAACAGGAAAUUAUUACUGAAAAAAAUCAAAAUGGUUAAAAUUAACAGUGAAGUUCGUUUCAUUUUUUACGCGAGUUCCAUAUUUAUAUGCUAUUUUGUAUUUGGUAUGUUGCAAGAGAAGAUAACUAGAGGAAAGUAUGGCGAUAAUGAAAAGUACACAUGCUCGCUUACACUCGUGCUAAUUCAAUGUGUGGUGAACUACAUAUUUGCUCAAAUAUUAAUGCUAUCUUGGAAGCAUGAAAAAGACACUACAAGGAAAGUGUACUACUUCACUUCAGCUCUGACAUAUUUACUAGCAAUGGUAUGCUCAGUGAUGGCACUUCAGUGGAUUAAUUAUCCCACACAGGUUGUUGGAAAAGCUGCAAAGCCCAUUCCUGUGAUGAUACUCGGAGUACUUAUCGGACGCAAAGUAUAUCCACUAAAGAAGUACUUGUUUGUAUUUCUCAUUGUCAUCGGAAUUGUCUUGUUUAUGUACAAGGACCAAGGGAAGAAGUCUGUUAAUGAUGAUUCACAAGGAGUGGGCAUUGGCGAGGUGUUGCUGCUUCUGUCGUUGACUAUGGAUGGCCUGACUGGAGCUGUACAGGAGCGGAUAAAAGCCGAAUCAUCACCUACAGCAUAUUCUAUGAUGCUCAACACAAAUUGGUGGUCAUCAAUAAUCAUUACUUUUGGCGUGAUUUUAAGUGGGGAAAUUUUCGAAUUUUGCACAUUUGUGAGUAAAUACCCGGAAGUUAUUGUCUACAUAACCAGCUUCGCACUCACAGGAGCUCUUGGGCAACUCUUUAUAUUUUACAUGGUAGCAGAAUUUGGUCCUUUGCCAUGCGCAGUAGUAACAACCACUAGAAAGUUCUUCACGGUACUGGCAUCUGUGAUUGUAUUCGGGAAUGUUUUGUUAUCACGUCAGUGGUUCGGAGCCAUUCUUGUAUUUUCAGGUCUAUUUUUGGACAUAUUCCACAGUAAAGGAAAAGCACAGCCGAAGAAAGUACAAGACAAAUGACUGAUUAAUGUGAAUGUAGAAUAAUUAUAAUAUUAUAAGAAUUAUAACGUCAUAAUAAUAAUAAUUUUAUAUUUACAAGA